ACUCUCCCGCCCCCUCCGUCGGCACUUCGGCCCUGCCUCCCAGACCACCCUGCGGGGCGCACCAGCGAUCUGGAGUGCGGGGUUCGGCCUCCCUGCGCUCCUGGCUGACGGUGUAACCUUGGGUCUUAGCCAUGAACUUCUCUGGAGGAGGGAGGCAGGAAGCAGCAGGGUCCAGGGGUAGAAGGGCUCCCAGACCCCGGGAACAGUGGGUCAUCGAGGGUUCAGGAUGGGCAGCAGGGCAGGGUCACCAUGGAGACCAGGGGCCACCGCUGGGUUCUUUCAGGACCGAGACGUGCAGCUGUCCAAGGCUCUGUCCUAUGCCCUGCGCCAUGGGGCUUUGAAGCUGGGGCUUCCCAUGGGGGCCGACGGCUUCGUGCCCCUGGGCGCCCUCCUGCAGUUGCCCCAGUUCCGCGGCUUCUCUGCUGAAGAUGUGCAGCGCGUGGUGGACACCAAUAGGAAGCAGCGGUUCGCCCUGCAGCCGGGGGAUCCGAGCACUGGCCUUCUCAUCCGGGCCAACCAGGGCCAUUCCCUGCAGGCUGGGGUACCUAAGUUGGAGCUGAUGCCCCUGGAGACACCGCAGGCCCUGCCCCCGAUGCUAGUCCAUGGUACAUUCUGGAAGCACUGGCCAUCCAUCCUACUUGAGGGCCUGUCCUGCCAGGGAAGGACGCAUAUCCACCUGGCCCCAGGACUGCCUGGAGACCCCGGUGUCAUCAGUGGUCAGUGCCCUCCCCUCCACCUAGCUACUCCCACCCACUCUGUCCAGCCAGAUCCCCUUCAAAGGUUACAACACUUGUCUGGGGCCACCCCAUGCCCGGCAUGGAGCAGCACCCCUGCAUCCCCCAGCCCAGGACCCCAGUCUGCCCAAGUUGCUGACUGCACUCCAGGUGCCCAGGCCUCAGCCCCAGCUGUCUCUGCAGGCAUGCGGUCCCAUUGUGAAAUAGCUGUGUUCAUCGAUGGACCCCUGGCUCUGGCAGCAGAUGGAAUACCCUUCUUCCGCUCUGCCAAUGGGGUGAUUCUGACUCCAGGGAAUACUGAUGGCUUCCUGCUUCCCAAGUACUUCAAGGAGGCCCUGCAGCUACGCCCUACCCGAAAGCCCCUUUCCUUGGCUGGUGAUGAAGAGACAGAGUGUCAGAGCAGCCCCAAGCACAGCUCCAGAGAAAGGAGGAGGAUCCAACAAUAAAAUAUUAAUUUAUACAAAAGAAAUUUUAAAAAGUAACAAGAAAGAAACUCCAGUUUGAAACCA